AUGCCAAAAGCAAGCCCAACGAUUAUCCAACCUGGAUAUACCACAAGAACCACCCCAGAGUCGUUCCCUACCAAUGUCUAUGGCGACGUCACUUGGCACACAUUGAUCUCGUCGUCGCAAACCAAUUCUACAGACCUCUCUGCUGGAAUAGCAGUCUGUCCACCGGCGACGGGUCACCUCUGCGCACACAGACACACACAGGCUGAGAUCUAUCAUAUCCUUGAGGGCGAGGGCGAAGUUGCUAUUGACGGUGUGGCAAGCAAAGUGUCUGCUGGCAGUACGGUAUUUAUUCCAUCAGAUGCUGAGCAUGGAAUUGUCAAUACGGGGCCAUCAAAUUUGAAGUGGUUUUAUGUUUUUCCAACCGGAUCGUUUGGGGAUGUUGUAUACCGGUUCUCGAAGGAUCAGGUCAGGGAGACGAAGCUUUGA